CAAUGAUUCUACACUUGAUAGGAUGGAAGAGACACAAAAUUCCAGAAUGACUUUACCUUUCAAUGUAAGCGACCAGCAGAUUAUUGAUCAAGCUGACACAAGUGUAACAGCAAUUGUUGAGGAACCUCUGUCACAAACAUUGAUUGAAGAGCCUCAGGUUGAAUUUACAGUGUUUGAAGAAGGCAGCAAAAGAGGUAAGCCUUUACUAGUGGCAUCUGAUGGGUAUAGGUACUAUGCAAAGAAAAGAGGAAAGAACUCAGUUCUGUGGUUUUGUUCAAGCCGGAGUGUUACGUGCAAGUGCUAUGCCAGUGUGGUGCAGAAGGGAAGUGAUUUUGUAAGGGGUAAUAACUCUCACCAGCAUGGGCCUGAGCCUUCUCUUAAAGACAGGGUUAGCGUUUCUGUCAAAGUCCGUAAGGAAGCUAGAGAACAACCUUUCAAAAGUACCAUUGAGAUUGAAAUUUCGCCCAGCUGA